AUGAAGGUCUCUGUGGCUGCCCUCGUCUUUGUCCUCAGCAUGGCCUGCUGCUCCCAGGCCUCCAUCGAAGAAAAGAGUUUUGCAAUGAGCUGGGGUAUGAUGUCCGACUGCUGCAUAAGAUACACAUCCCGACAGAUCCCACGCCACAUAGUGACUGCCUAUUUUGUCACCAGCAGCAUGUGCUCCCAGCCAGCUGUAGUAUUUAUCACAAAGAAAGAUCAUAAAAUUUGCACCAACCCCAAAGAUGCCUGGGUUCAACAGUAUGUGAACGACCUGAAAUAG